AUUAAUUGUGUACAUAUCGCAAUAAUAUCGUAUUACGUUAAUUACGAUAUAUUAUUUUCAAACACAUUACAACCAAACAAUGUUUAAAAAACCAAAAAUAAUAAUCAUUGGAGCGGGUGCCGCAGGUAUUGCUGCAGCGGCUAGAUUAAUAGAAAAAGGACUAGAAAAUAUAAAAAUUUUCGAAGCAAAGGAUCGUAUUGGCGGUAGGAUACAUACAGUAGAAUUUUCUGAUAAUGUUGUAGAAUUAGGAGCACAAUGGGUUCAUGGUGAACAUGGAAAUAUUGUUUUUGAACUUGCUUCACCAUACAAACUAUUAGACUCAUCAAAAUGCUUUAAGGAUUUUGAUAAACAUAUAUUUGUUACCGCACAAGGUGAAAUUCUUUCCAAAAAAGAAAGUGUAGAAGCAUUCAAAAUAUAUUAUGAUAUUUCUGAAAACAUAUCAGAUUCUAUACACAAUACAGAGUCAUAUGGGGAAUACUUUAAGAAUGAAUUUUAUCGAGUAUUUGAGGAAAAUCCAUUUACUAGUCUGGAUAAAGCCAAACAAUUAUUAGCUUGGAUGCAUAAAUUUGACAAUUCUGUUCAAGGCAGUGAUUCGUGGUUUGAGGUAUCUUCAAAAGAGAUUACAAAUUAUUGGACUUGUGAUGGAGAUCUUGUACUCAAUUGGAAGAAUCAUGGCUAUAAAACAUUAUUCGACUUGUUAUCUCAAAAAAUAUCAAAUACCAAAAAUGAAUUAUCUAUAAUGGAAAAAAUAGAAUAUAAUAAAGAUGUUGAUAAUAUUGACUAUACUUCAAGUAACAACAUAACUGUAAAGACAAAAGAUGGUUCAGAAUACACAGCAUCUCAUGUUAUAUUUACUGCAUCUCUUGGCGUUUUAAAAGAAAAACACACUACAAUGUUCACACCACUUCUACCUGAAACAAAACAACAUGCAAUAAAGGGUUUAAAUAUUGGAACUGUAAAUAAAGUGUUCUUGGAAUUUCCACAUAGAUGGUGGCAAGAAGAGUGUGCUGGUUUUAGUUUAAUAUGGUCCAAAGAAGAUAAAAAAAAAUUUAUUAAGUCUCAUGGACAAGAACAUGAAUGGCUAUGUGAUGUUUUCGCAUUUAUUUCUGUGGAUUAUCAACCAAGGGUAUUAUGUGCAUGGAUUUCUGGUAAAUUUGCAAAACAGAUGGAAUUACUUUCAGAUAGUGAUGUAUCUGAUGGAUUGGACUUACUACUUGAAAUGUUCUUGAGUAAAACAUACAAUAUUCCGAAAUUUGUUCAGAUGCUUAGGUCAUCAUGGUAUACAGAUGAACAUUUUCGUGGAUCAUACACCUUUAAAAGUAUAACGACAGAGAAACUAAAUGUAGAAACGAGAGAUUUAGCUGAUUCCAUUGUAACAGCUGAUGGAAAACCUAUAAUUCUCUUUGCUGGAGAGGCAACACACGAACAUUAUUAUUCUACUGUGCAUGGGGCAGUUGAGACAGGUUUCAGAGAAGCUGAUAGAAUAGUAGAUUUUUAUGGAACACGUGGUUGGAAAAACGGCUUCAAUAAAGUGGAAAGAACGGUGAAUGCUUCCAACCAAGCAGUAGUAAAGACGAAACUUGUAAUAGUAGGUGCAGGCGUUGCAGGAUUAGCAGCUGCGAAAACAUUAAAUGAUGCAAAUUUCAAAGACUAUCUGUUAAUCGAAGCACAAUCCGAAGUCGGUGGUCGAAUUCAAUCGAUACCAUGGAAUAAAGCUUGGAUAGAAAGCGGAGCGCAGUUUGUACAUGGUGAUCAAAGUCAAUUAGCACAAUUAUGUUAUGAACAUGAUUUACUCUCAGAUAUACAAUGGCGUGACGGCCAAGGAAUUUUUGUUCGCAGCAAUGGUUGUAAAGUAGACGAAAUUUUUAUAGAAGAGGUAGACGAUUUUAUUCGCACUACGUUAGGAGAUUAUGAAGAUUACGAGAACAAGGAUAUUGAAGUAGGUUGUGAAAGUAUUGGUGGAGUUUUAAAAACUUCUCUCAACAAAUACUUACAUCAAAAUAAUGAUUCACUUGCAAUAAAAACUAUAAAAAGGGAAAUCUUUGAUUGGAAUAUUAGAUUCCUUGCAAUAGAUAAUGCUUGUUUCUCACUUGAUGAACUAUCAACGAAAUAUUGGGGAAAAUUUAAGUUUGCUGGUGGUCCAGAACAUAUUUCAUUUAAAUCCUGAUAUAAGGCUUUACCCAAACUCAUUGCUGAUGAUUUGGGUAAAAAAAACUUGCACCUAAAUACCUCUGUAGAUUCAAUUGAAUGGCGGCAAAUAAUAGACAAUGAUUUAAAUUCCCCACUUAUAUUAAACAUCUCUAAAAAUACCCGCAUUCUUGCGGAUUGUGCAAUAAUUACCUGUUCCCUCGGUUAUUUGAAAGAGAAUUAUAAGGCGAUGUUUAUUCCACCUUUGCCAACCUCUUUUAGCCAAGGAAUCGAAUGUUUGGGCUUUGGUCUAAUAAAUAAAAUUUUUCUCGAUUUCGGUAUUCCUUGGUGGAAACCUGGUACAAAAGGGUUUCAGCUGCUUCGGAAAGAAGAAAGGUUUUGCAACAAAGAACUGGCUAUAUGGACUAGAGAUCUUACCGGCUUUGAUAUUCAACCGAAUCACGAAGCGGUACUCCUGGGUUGGGUUGGUGGACGCGGAGCUUAUAUUGUUGAAACUUUAAGCGAACAACAAGUUGCAGCGGACUGUGAAAAUUUACUUAAACACUAUUUGAAACUUGAUAAAAUAUCUCCAAUAAAAAGGUGCUUAAGGACGCGGUGGAAUGCAAAUAAAUAUAUUCGUGGUAGUUAUAGUCAUAUUACAACGAGAUGUGACGCGAAUGGGAUUACGCCGGGUUGCCUAUCAGAACCAAUAUGGGGUAAAGCAAUAGGAAAACACCACAGUAAGAAUAUACCCAUCAUCAUGUUUGCCGGUGAAGCAACGCAUGAGAAUUUUUACUCUACGACACAUGGGGCCUAUGAUACUGGCGUGAAACAAGCACAAAUUUUUUUACAGCAUCACGUUGUUAAAAAUUAAUUGUUAAGCAUAGUAUAAA